CAAAGAAAAUAUAAUAAAAAUUUAUUCUAUGACCCUGCAAAUCUACACUGUAACUAUGUCCUCCUGACCGCAGGGCAUGAGUCGCCGAAACACAGAAAAGUCAGCGAAUUGACUUCACGCCACCUCCAAGCAAUCGAAAUUCUCCCAAAAAUUAUUCCAAAACUCGGGAAAAGUCAUUUCUUGCUGUUUCGUUUUCACGCGUUAACAGCUUCGACCAAACACCGUUUUGCUUAACGGAUCCCGUUUCCCAAAAUUUGGGACAUUUCAGCUUCCGAAAGAUGAGUUCUUGACUCGCCCCCAAGAUUCGGCUUUCUUUGUUGUGUUCAAUUUCGACGACCCCAUGGCUGCGCCCAACUCCAUUGGCAACACCGAAAUCAAUUGGGACAAGCUUGAUAAGACUAAAUUUUAUGUGGUUGGAGCUGGCUUGUUUACAGGGGUCACAGUGGCACUGUACCCGGUUUCUGUUGUGAAAACCAGGCUUCAAGUUGCUUCCAAAGAUGCUCUAGAGAGGGAUACAUUUUCUGUCGUUAGAGGCAUUUUGAAAGCAGAUGGUAUUCCUGGUUUGUACAGAGGUUUUGGCACAGUAAUCACUGGUGCAAUUCCUGCUAGGAUUAUAUUUCUCACUGCUUUGGAGACCACCAAGGUGGCUGCUUUCAAGAUGGUUGAGCCCUUCAAGUUAUCUGAGCCUACAGAGGCAGCUUUGGCUAAUGGACUAGCUGGGAUGACUGCCUCACUUUUCUCUCAGGCUGUGUUUGUCCCUAUUGAUGUGAUUAGUCAAAGAUUGAUGGUGCAAGGGUAUUCGGGCCAUGCAAAGUACAGCGGGGGGAUGGAUGUUGCUCGUAAGGUUAUAAAGUCAGAUGGCAUCCGGGGAUUGUAUAGAGGGUUUGGACUUUCUGUUAUGACUUACUCUCCAUCUAGCGCUGUAUGGUGGGCUAGUUAUGGUUCAAGCCAGCGCUUAAUCUGGAGUUUCUUAGGCCAUGGAAGUGGUUCUGAUGAAUCUGUUCCUGGUGUGGGGAAAAUAGUGUUGGUUCAAGCUGCUGGAGGAAUUGUUGCAGGUGCAACAGCAUCCUGCAUAACAACCCCAUUGGAUACCAUAAAGACUCGGUUACAGGUGAUGGGACACGAAAAGAGACCCACUGCAAGAGAAGUUGUUAAAGGCUUGAUAAGAGAUGAUGGCUGGAAAGGUUUCUACAGAGGGCUAGGUCCAAGAUUUUUCAGCAUGUCAGCCUGGGGCACGUCAAUGAUAUUGGCUUACGAAUAUCUGAAGCGCUUGUGUGCAAAAGAUGAAUAGAGGUCAUUCUUCUUUCGGUCCACUUAGCAUGGAAUGAUAGGAAUUUUGUUCUGGCGUGGGCUGGUAUUGAGCAUUUCUGAUGAAGGCUUUAGACUGGUAAAUUCAAAAUUGGGAUUAUGGACACUGAAGCUUUUGUCGUUAGUUUUGAUUGGGCGAUUGGUCCUGAUAUUAUUUUAUGCUUUACUUACUAAAUUUUGGAGAAGUCCUCAAAUUCUUUUAGUAAUUUCUCUACUAGAUAGUAGUGAUAUCAUUCUUCGGGUAAUUGAAUUUAUUUGAGCUGUAGGAAGUGCCAAUUUUUUCUUCUAUAGCAAGUGUAUCUUCACCCCGAGCAAGGAAUUUGAACUUAUUAACACAGUUCUUUUUAUAAAAUUUGUUUUUUUGGCUA